CCCGAACUCAGUUCCUAAACUCAACUAAUUCCUCCAUAGUUCUGCCUCUUUCUUCAAAUCCAAAUCCAAAUCCAAAUCCAAAUCCAAAUCCAGUCUAUAUAUAGCCCAGACAAUAGAUAUAGUUCAUUCAUUGAGCUGCCUAGUAAUAUAUGGUUGAUGGGUUCUAUGUUUGUGCUUCUGUCCAUUCUUCUUCUCUGGUGCAACGGCUGUAUGAGCUUGGCCGCACAAUAUUCACCACCAUCAGGAGGAUCAAAUGAAACUGAUCAGAAAGCUUUGCUUGCUUUUAAGGCUCGCAUAACCCAUGAUCCCUUUCAAGUUGUGGUGAGCUCUUGGAAUAACUCUGUCCCCUAUUGUGAGUGGCCUGGCGUUAUAUGUGGUGGUCGUCGGCAUCCCAACAGGGUCAGAGCCUUGCGUUUACAGUCUAGAGGAUUGUCUGGGUCCGUGGCACCAGAAAUAGGAAACCUCAGCUUCCUUCGAGAGAUUUCACUCCAAAACAACAACUUCCAUGGUGCAAUCCCUAUUGAAGUAAGCUUUCUGUCAAGGCUUCGCUAUUUAUUCCUAGACAAUAAUUCUUUUGAAGGGGAAAUCCCACCUAACCUAUCACGUUGCUCCAACCUUAUAGAACUCAAAUUAUCUUCCAACAAUAUUGUGGGAAAAAUUCCAGAACAACUUGGGACCUUGUCAAAUCUUCAACUUCUAUAUAUCCAAAAAAACAAUUUGACAGGACAAAUCCCACCUUCAUUUGGUGGGAAUCUUUCAUCCCUUAACAUUCUUUCUGCAAGAUUCAAUAGUUUUAGUGGAAGUAUUCCUGAUGCCUUUGGCCAAAUGACAAGAUUAACAUAUCUUGAUCUUUCUGAAAAUAACUUGUCUGGUACUAUCCCUCUUGCUAUAUAUAAUCUUUCCUUACUUGGUGUUUUUAGUGUCCCAGAUAACCAACUUCAAGGUAGUCUUCCACUAAAUUUAGGGUUUACUCUUCCCAAUCUAUGGUGGUUUUCAAUUGGAGGAAACCAGUUUGAUGGGCCAGUUCCAAUUUCAUUAUCUAAUCUGUCAAAACUCCAAACAUUUGAUGCUCACAGCAAUAAUCUUACUGGGAAAGUGGCUGUUAAUUUUGGUGGCCUAUCAGGACUCAAUCUACUUUCAUUUUCCUUCAAUAAUUUGGGAAGUGGAGAGGCCGAUGACUUAAGUUUUAUCAACACAUUUACCAACUAUAGUAGUUUAGCAGUUUUGGAGCUUGAUUAUAAUAAUUUUGCUGGUGUGUUCCCCAACUCCAUAGCAAACUUGCCGGCCCUCACAAAGCUUUCACUGCGAGCAAAUCAAAUAUCUGGAAACUUUCCAGAAGGGAUGUGGAACCUUGCAAGCUUACAAAUAAUAAGCCUAAGUGGUAACUUACUAGGAGGAAGUAUUUCUACUUCAAUUGGGAGACUUCAAAAGUUAACUGGACUUUAUUUAGCUCAGAAUGGAUUCACAGGGUCAAUCCCUUCUUCUCUUGGAAACUUGACACUACUGAUUGAUCUCUAUUUAGAAGACAAUCACUUGCAUGGAAAACUACCUUCAAGUCUUGGAAAAUGCAAAAAUUUGUUAAUCUUGGCUCUUUCAGGUAAUAAUUUCAAUGGUAUCAUUCCCAAAGAGAUAUUUGAUAUUUCCAUGUUAAUAGGGCUAUACUUGGGUACAAAUUACUUCGUUGGUUCUCUACCUCUAGAAUUGGGUAGAUUGACCAAUAUUGGAACCUUAGAAGUUUCUGACAACAUGUUGUCUGGUGAAAUCCCCAGUACCCUCGGUGCUUGUACAAGCCUAGAGUACCUAUACAUGGGUGGCAACUUAUUUCAAGGACCUAUACCUUCAUCUCUGAGUUCUCUAAGAGGUCUUCAAGAUUUAGAUCUUUCACGCAACAAUUUAUCUGGUUCUAUCCCAAAGUAUUUGGGAACUUUUCAGUUACAAAAUUUAAAUUUAUCAUUUAAUCACUUUGAGGGUGAGGUACCAACUGGAGUCAUCUUUCGAAAUUUGAGUGCAUUUUCUGUCAUUGGAAAUAAUAAGCUUUGUGGAGGUAUACCAGAACUUCAUUUGUCAGCAUGCCAGACCCAAAAGGCGAAAGGUGUCAGACCUCAUGUUUUGAAGCUGAUAGUCAUCAUAUGUGGUUGUGGGGCUUCUCUAUGUUUGCUUUUUCUGAUCUUUUUCUUCAUUAUCUAUCGGAGAAGAAAGGAAAGGAAAAGAAAAGAAAGGAAGGAAUCCACAACAUCUUUGAUAAGAGAUCAACAUUUUAAGAUCUCUUAUGCUCAACUCCUUAAAGCUACCGACGGAUUCUCUUCAGCAAAUUUGAUUGGAGUGGGUAGCUUUGGCUCUGUGUACAAAGGUGUUCUUAAUCAUGGGGAAACAGUUGUUGCAAUAAAGGUCCUCAAUAUAGAACAAAGUGGUGCUUCCAAGAGUUUCAUGGCUGAGUGUGAAGCCCUAAGAAACGUCCGACAUCGUAAUCUUGUCAAGAUCUUAACAUCUUGCUCAAGUGUAGAUUUUGAGGGAAAUGAUUUUAUGGCUUUAGUUUAUGAGUUCAUGCCUUGUGGAAAUUUGGAGAUGUGGUUACACCCACAUGCAGAAGGCAUACAAGAUAAACAAAAGCAUUUAAACUUUGUUCAAAGGUUGAAUAUCGUCAUUGAUAUAGCAAUAGCAUUGGAAUAUCUUCACCACCAUUGUCAUACGCAAAUUAUCCAUUGUGAUCUAAAGCCAAGCAACAUUCUUCUCGACGAUGAUUUGACUGCACAUCUGGGUGACUUCGGGAUAUCAAGAAUUCUUUCAAAAGCCACAGGUAGAUCUCAAAGUCAAAUUAGCUCAUUCGGAAUAAAGGGUUCCAUUGGAUACAUUGCACCAGAGUAUGGUGCAGGUGUUGACGUUUCUACACAUGGUGAUGUCUAUAGUUAUGGUAUUCUUUUGUUAGAGAUAUUCACAAGGAAGAGACCUAUAGAUCAAAUGUUUAAGGAUAACUUUAAUCUUCAUUGCUGGGUUGAGAUGGCUUUGCAUGACGGAGAAAUGGCUAUAAUCGACCCAUCACUUCUCCUCAUAGAAGCAAAUGAAGAAGAGGCAACAACAUCUAUAGCUAAAAUCACUGGAAGUCAAAGAUGCAUUAGGGAUAGAGUGCAAGAAUGCUUUAAUUUAGUUAUUAGAAUUGGAGUUACCUGUUCAGCUGAAUCACCAGGGGAUCGAAUGGACAUGACUGAUGUGGUCAAAGAGCUAUAUUUGAUUAGGGACAUUUGUCUCAGAACUGGCAUUCAGCAUGGACAUUGAACCAUAAUAUCAAUAACAAAACUUUUUGAAGAUCAGGAAUGCACUCAAGGAUUUCAUAACAACCUCAGUCCUCUUCCGUCUCACACUUCAAAUGAUCAUAUGCAGUGGGGAAGAACGAAGAUUUAGUGUAUCAUCAAGUAUGAGCACAUGUCUUGAAUCCAGUUCCUAGCACACUGGCUUGCAGCUUCUGCUUGAAGAGCAAACCCCAGGAUGUCAGUGGAUCAAUCUUGUUAUAUGGGUGUGUGAGUUUGUAUUUAGUGUGUUCCCUCUCCCUAUCAUUUCCCCUACUCCUCUAGUGUGGGUGAGUAAAAUCCCAUUAGACAGUUCAUUAAGAAUUAGCUAAAAACAAAAUCACCCAUUUAAUUAAAGUUUUCAGCAAUUAUUAUAUUCUUAAA